CUUCGACUGCUGGAUGUGGGAACGGGGGCGGGGCUACCGGGAAUGGUGCUCGCGGUGGCGAGACCGCAGUGGAAGGUUACGUUGCUGGACUCUCUCCGCAAGCGAUGUGAGUUCCUGCGGGAGGCGGCUGCCCGGGCUGGGCUGGACAACGUAGAGGUGGUGUGGUGCAGGGCGGAGGACGCGGGGAGGAGGCCCGAGCUCCGACAGGCGUACGACAUAGCGAUUGCACGCGCAGUGGCGGAGGCUCGUGUGUUGGCCGAACUGUGUUUGCCGUUUGUACGAGUGGGCGGCUUGUGGGUGGCAGCCAAAGGGCCCGAUCCCGAGGCUGAGGUGGCGGCGGCCUCCAAUGCUAUUCGCCAGCUGGGGGGUCGUCAGCUGGCACUGGAGCGGGUGCAGUCUCUCUCCGCAGAGGGGGAGCCGCGGACCGCCUUGGUGGUGGCCAAGACCAGCGCCACAUCAGCAAGGUUUCCUCGCCAGGCGGGUACACCCAACAAGAAGCCACUUUAA